AUGUCAACUGUCUGGUCUUAUUAUGGUCUAAGUGAUGGUAAAAUAGUAGAUAUGGGGUAUGGAUAUGAUAUGGAUAAUGAGGAAUCUAGUUAUAUGGGACCUGAAAGGCCUGAUUCUACAAGAGCAAAGAAAUUUUCAAAACUUGAUGGCCAACAACCAGAUCAUCAAUUAAAUUUUUUAAUCUAUUGUUUUGCAUAA